ACGUUGUAAAGGUAUCUGAUAAGAGAAAACUUGCAUAACUGUCUAUAAUUUUAAAUAAAAUUUGGGCAUUAACUGGGAUACUAAAUCGCAGACAUGGUGGACACAAGGCAUGUUUUUCCUGUUGCCAUUGCACUGAUUUCUUUAAUGUUUAAUUGCUGUGAUGCUGGAAGGCUUCAUGUGCAGGGAACGAAUUUAGUAAAAGAUGGACAACGUGUCUUUUUAUCAGGAACUAACUUAGCCUGGGUCCAUUAUGGAUAUGAUUUUGGUAACAACCAAUAUAGUGGGGUUAAAACGCAGUUCGAACAAUACCUCAGUCAGAUCCAUGCUUCAGGUGGCAACUCCAUUAGGGUAUGGCUUCACAUUGAAGGAGAAUCUUCACCUCACUUUACCAGUCAAGGAUAUGUGGACAAGACAGACGCAGCCGGAAGUUUAAUUAAUGACAUGAGGAGCUUUCUAACUUCUGCCAAACAUUUCAAUGUUUUUGUCUUCUUCGUCUUGUGGAAUGGCGCAAAGAAACAAAAUACACAUUACAGACUGGAUGGCCUAAUAAGAGAUUCAAACAAACUACAAAGUUACAUCGACCAUUGUUUAAAGCCAAUGGUGAAUGCUCUAAAGAAUGAACCAGCUCUCGGAGGAUGGGAGAUAAUAAACGAACCAGAGGGAGAACUUACACCGGAUCACCAUAGCAACAACCCUUGUCAAGAUACAACUCAUCUUCACAAUAGUGGCGCAGGAUGGGAGGGCCACUUGUAUUCUGCUGCUCAAAUUCAGAAGUUUGUGAACUGGCAAGCAGAUGCUAUACGAUCCACCGAUCCGGGCGCCUUGGUAACCCUUGGUGUAUGGAAUCCCAAAUCAAAUACCGACAAAUUUGGAUUCAGAAACCUAUAUUCUGACCACUGUCUUACAUCAGCAGGAGGGAAAGCGCAUGGGACCCUUUCAUUUUACCAGAUGCAUACAUAUACUUUCAGUGGUCACUUUGACGGAUAUUCUCCAUUUCAGCACCAUGCUAGCGAGUUCGGACUGAAUAAACCUCUUGUAAUUGGUGAAUUCCGCCAAGAAAGUGGCACUAAUCCAAUAACAGAUAUGUAUAACUACGCCUACUACUACGGAUACUCCGGUGCGUGGGGAUGGGCUGCAUCAGAUAGUAACCAAUGGAGUCUUAUCAAAAAAGGAAUGGCAUGGCUAAGAGGGCGGAACGAUCAACAGAAAGGGGGACUUAUUAAUGUUCACGUGUAACUAUUCGACCAAUAAAUGUGCAAAAAAUUGCAAAGUUAUUUGUUCUUUUUGUAACAAUAAAUAAGCAACAUGU